CUUAAUUAAGGAAUUGUUGUAGCGAAUACACUACAAUGCAGACACUCAUUGUGCAACACCGACUGGUUCGGCCAUCGGUGUUUGGGCAGGUCCACGUUCGAAGCUCCUUUGCAUGUCAAUCAAAAGGAUUUGGUGCUGAGACAAAGGCCCCUCAGAAGCAAGUGCCAAAGGAAGAGGAGGAAGAGGCAGCGACGGCCUCUUCCUCGCCUUCCACGUCGACGGAUAAGGACGCUCUGGCCCUGGAAGCCUUGGAGGCCCGGAUUAGAUCCCGCCGCAAGAAGGUCGAAGCAAAAGUGAAGGUGGUGGCGCCGGCCGUAGACGUUGCUACGGGCAAAGCCCCAGCACCCGCGGAGAGCGAGGGGGAGCGGGCCUACCUAGCCUUCCUCUCCUUCUACUUCCUGGGGGUGCUCUUUCUGGGCCUUGCGCUGGCCGGCUCGGGCUUCCUGCCGGACGAAGUGGAUGCCUGGAUUCAGGACAAGUUGUACCCGUCGUACAGUUGGAUCAUGGUGGGCUUUUUGGGCCUUUCGUCGCUGUACGGGCUGUACAAGACGGGCAAGCUGCCUGGUCAGACGCAGCGGCAGUGAGGUCCCGCAUGUGCCCUCCGGGACAGGGGAGGGGCUCGGCACCGGUUAUCAAUACGGGUGGGUGGUCCUAGCUGGGUGUGGCUAGCGGCUUCAUUGGACUGUGGCAGAGUAGUUAUUGCGGUGGCAAAAUGUUUGUUUCUGUCGUCUAAGGGAGGGGUUUCUACUUUGGUUUAGGACAUCCAGCGUGGCUUUGCUGGGGACGGGGCCGUAUAUGGACGCUGAGUCUGGCUGCAUGUACGACAGAACGCCAUGACGGUGGAAGGGGCUGGCGAUGCCAGCCGCUAGGUGUUAUGUUUUUGCAAGAAGCUGUCCCUCUCUGGACACACGGCCUGGUAUGGCAAUUUUGGCGGCAGCACAUUAUAUGGUUGACGGGAGGUUUCCCUUCGCCCUGGGAGAAUUGGGUGCUUGUGUUUAAUGUAAGUGUUAAAGACGGGACGAGAAAGUGACGUCUCGUGUCCAGAGUUAGUGGACAUGCAUGUUCUGUUGAGGUACACGCGUCCAUC